AUGGGAAGAAGUUGCAAUAUUCUCUUUGCUCUUUCAGUUCUCAUUCUGCUUCAUGACCAUACUUCACUAGCUAUUGUUCCCAAUAUUAACACCGAUAAAGCUGCUCUACUUGCCUUGAAAUCUCACAUUUCUUUUGGUCCCAACAACAUCUUUGUAGCCAAUUGGUCUUCUUCCAGCCCAGUUUGCAGCUGGAUUGGAAUCACUUGCGGCUCCCGCCACAAACGAGUGACCGCUUUAGAAAUUUCUAGCAUGCAAGUUCAUGGCACCAUUCCUCCACACCUCGGAAACCUCUCAUUUCUUGUUUCCCUUGACAUUAGUAACAACACUUUCCAUGGGGAUUUGCCAGAAGAGUUGGUUCAUUUGCAGAGGUUGAAACUGAUUGAUGUCACAAGCAAUAACUUAAGCGUGGCAUUCCAUCAUUUUUAA